AAUAAGAUAGCGUAUCUCUAGCGUGCGUCGUUUAGUUUGCCAUUAGUAGCGAUGAGGACAAGACCUCACUCUCUUGGCUCAGGCCUCUCUGCUCUGUGCCUGAUGAUGUCCAUAGCUACAUGUCUCGGACAGCAUCUUCUUCAUGAAGACGACGACUAUCGUCGUUCCAUCAAGUUUGUCGGACAUCAAAGCAAGCGUCUUUUGGUGCCGAUUUCUGCUAAGGAUGCGACAAACGAAACCGUUGUGCAGAAAAGCCUUUUAACAGAUGACGUCAUGGACUGCUCGUUCGAGUGUCUUUCCGAAGAUUGGUGCCACUCCCUAAACUUCCGGCUGACUUUGACGAAGAGUGGGCGGCACGUGUGUGAGCUCAUCUCCACGGAUAGAUACAACCAUUCAGAACACUUGGUACAAGACAAAGACUUUGUGCACCUUGGGAUAAAGUCCCCAUGCGAAGAUUCUCCUUGCAAAAACGGAGAUUGCGUGAUCGUAUACCACAAGCCAUACUUCCACUGCGCAUGCACAGCCGGUUUUACUGGACAAACCUGUUCAGCAGAUAUAAAUGAAUGUGCAGAUGGAUCUCAUACGUGCUCAAACAAAGCUACGUGCACCAAUACCGUUGGAUCGUUCACAUGCGCCUGCAAAGCGGGUUAUACUGGAGAUGGGCACACAUGUCAGGAUAUAAAUGAAUGUGCAGAUGGAUCUCAUACGUGCUCAAUCAAAGCUACGUGCACCAAUACCGUUGGAUCGUUCACAUGCGCCUGCAAAGCGGGUUAUACUGGAGAUGGGCACACAUGUCAGGAUAUAAAUGAAUGUGCAUAUGCACUUGAAAAGUGCUCAAACAAAGCUACGUGCACCAAUACCGUUGGAUCGUUCACAUGCGCCUGCAAAGCGGGUUAUACUGGAGAUGGGCACACAUGUCAGGAUAUCAACGAGUGUGAAAUUGGUUCUCAUGAUUGCCAUAGCGACGCUCUCUGUAUCAACUAUCCUAGCUCAUUCAUCUGCAAAUGUAAAAAAGGUUUUGGCGGCGACGGGAAGAUUUGUUUUGCUCUUGCACCAUUCAAGUUUACUACACUUGGCGCUAGCGGUCGUACCGGCCCAGUCUCUCUCGGUAGUCACUACCUGGGCAAGCAUCAUGAUGGUCACGUGACUCUGGUAAAUGGAACCCAGCACUGGACCGUCGAUGUCACCGGAAAGUACCGGAUCGAGGCUGUGGGCGCCAGCGGAGGAUAUGAUAAUCAAUCCAAUUCUAGAUCAUACCGCAGUCGAGGAGCGAGAAUAACGGGGUCAUUCGACCUCAGCAAAGGCGACGUGAUCAGGAUUCUGGUCGGACAAGAGGGUGGGAUCAACAAUGAUUCUAGCUCAGGGGGAGGGGGAGGUAGUUUUGUGGCGAAAGGGAAUAUUCCACUGAUUGUAGCAGGAGGCGGCGGUGGGAUCGAGUGGGCCAAUAACAGACACUCGACAUGUGACGCGAGCACAACCACAAGUGGUAACAGCGGCUAUGGAGGCGCGGCCUGGCCGGGAGGGACUGCUGGCAAUGGUGCGACCACUGCGGACAGCAAUGUGUCAGGUGGCGGAGGCGGUGGAUUUUACACUGAUGGCCAGGGUAGCAGAAACAAAGGAGGAAGUGGAGGGGAGGGUGGGAAGGCGUUCCUGCAUGGAGGGGUGGGAGGUCGUCAGUUCAGCUCAAACUCAUAUGGAGGAUUCGGUGGUGGGGGCGGUGCAUGUGGGUGUAAUGGAGGAGGAGCAGGUGGAGGUGGAGGGUACUCAGGGGGGGGCUGCGGUGAUAAUGUUGGUCACUCCUGUGGAGGGGGUGGAGGUUCGUACAACAGCGGGUCGGACCAGGGUGCAGAGUGUUGUUUUAAUGACGCUGGUCACGGAUACGUGCAGGUCACUCGAAUUCGUUAGAACACAAAACCAAGGCUGUACGUUAUGGUACAAAUGAAUUUUGUAUCGCACGUUCAGAUAAACACAAUUAUUCAAUUGUUAUGGUUCUUGACGAGACACUAUAUAGAGGAGAGUGUCAGAGUGUUUGUGCCGGAGAAGGGGUUGGGGGUUCAAUUAGAGGGGCUCUGUUCAUUGUCUUGGGUUAGAGCCAAAUCAGCUUAUGUUGUUUAUUGUUCAUUGCCUUGGGUCAGGGCCAAAGUAGCUUAUGUUGUUUAUUGUUCAUUGCCUUGGGUCAGGGCCAAAGUAGCUUAUGUUGUUUAUUGAUCAUUGCCUUGGGUCAGGGCCAAAGUAGCUUAUGUUGUUUAUUGAUCAUUGCCUUGGUUCAAGGCCAAAGCAGCUUAUGUUGAUCAUUGUCUUGGUUCAAGGCCAAAGCAGCUUAUGUUGAUCAUCGUCUUGGGCCAGGGCCAAAGCAGCUUAUGUUGUUUGUUGAUCAUUGUCUUGGGCUAGGGCCAAAGCAGAUUGUGUUUUUUAUUGAUCAUUGCCUUGGUUCAAGGUCAAAGCAGCUUAUGUUGAUCAUUGCCUUAGGUCAGGGCCAAAGCAGCUUAUGUUGUUUGUUGAUCAUUGCCUUGGGUCAGGGCCAAAGCAGCUUAUUUUGUUUAUUGAUUAGUGCCUUAGGUUAGGGCCAAAACAGCUUCCUUUUUUUAUCAUUUAGGUUAGAGCAAAAGUAGCUUAUGUUCUGGAUGUGUUGCUUGGGAAGAGUUGUUUUUUUAUGCCAAAAUCCCCCCUACCUUCCAGUUUUCAUUCUGCUAAGACUCUGUACCGAUGAAUAGGAAAAGGAUCAAGCCUUAUGUCCCCCACCCCCUCCCCAAAUGACGCAACGUGUAUAAUAUGUUCUAAGCAGUUGUAUGUUGUAGCAAAUAAAUAAAAAGAAUAAAGCAAA